ACACGCACAGGAGGCGGCGGGAGAGAGGGAGGGAAGAGGGAGGAGAAGAAACACAGCGAGCGGCCGCAUAAUAGGAGCCCUUGUUGGCCGCUUGGGCCGUGAUGGAGCCGCGGGCCUCCCGCCACUGAACCCUCGAGCUGAUUUGUUUGUAUGAUGGAUGGAUUCAUUGAUUGCUUGCCAGUAAUGAAUUAAUAUGUGUAUACACGUAGAAUUUAUGGCUAUGACAGGAUGAAACGCAACAGACAUCUGAGCAGUAGUGACAGUUCAGACAAUGAGAGUCCUUCAACAUCGUGGUCAUCCCAUUCCAAAUAUCGAGUUGACAGGCAUGCCUCAGCAAGUGGAAAGAAGAAGUCUGCUGAGGUAUUCAGGAAGGAUCUCAUAAGUGCUAUGAAGAUUCCAGAUUCUCAUCAUGUAAACCAGGAUGAAUGUUAUCUCUUGGCUGAUCAAUGGAAACAGGAGUGGGAAAAAGGGGUACAAGUUCCAGCAAGUCCUGAAACAAUUCCAAAUCCAUCUGUCAGGGUUAUUGUAGAAAAAGUGAAGGAGACUUUAUUUACUAAACCACGGAAGUAUAUUCGAUGUUCCACCACCGAAUCCACAGAUCCUGGAUAUAUUAACAUGUUGGAACUUGCAGACAGUGUAUGCCGUUAUGAUUUGGAUGAUAUGGAUAUUUACUGGUUGCAAGCAGCAAAUGAAGAACUGAGAGAAAUGGGUUGUAGCUUUAUUCCUGAAAACACAAUGGAAAGAACUAUAGAAGCCCUGGAACGUCAUUGCUACGAGAAUAUGAACCAUGCCAUAGAGACUGAGGAAGGAUUGGGGAUUGAGUAUGAUGAAGAUGUUAUCUGUGAUGUAUGCCGUUCUCCUGAUAGUGAAGAAGGCAAUGAGAUGGUCUUCUGUGACAGAUGUAAUAUCUGUGUUCAUCAAGCUUGCUAUGGGAUUCUAAAAGUGCCUGAAGGUAGCUGGUUGUGCCGUACAUGUGUCCUUGGACUUUAUCCACAGUGUCUUCUGUGUCCAAAGCAAGGCGGGGCAAUGAAAGCCACACGUGCUGGAACCAAGUGGGCACAUGUAAGCUGUGCCUUGUGGAUACCUGAGGUCAGUAUUGCCUGCCCUGAAAGGAUGGAACCAAUUACAAAGGUGUCUCACAUUCCACCGAGCCGAUGGUCAUUAGUCUGUAGCCUUUGCAAAUUGAAGACUGGGGCCUGCAUUCAGUGCUCAGUGAAGAGCUGCAUCACAGCCUUUCACGUAACUUGUGCUUUUGAACACAGUCUGGAGAUGAAGACGAUCCUGGAUGAUGGCGAUGAGGUGAAGUUCAAGUCCUACUGUCUCAAGCACAGUAAAAACCGGCAGAGUCAAGAAGGUGACUGUGAACAAACUGUGAAAAUCAGUGAGCAAAAGCAGAAGCAGACCGAAACUGAGAAGAAAGGCCUUCGUGCACAGAAACUUCAGGAGCUGGAGGAAGAGUUUUAUACCUUGGUGAGGGUGGCCGAUGUGGCUUGUGAACUGAACUUCCCCGAGCAGGUGGUGGAAUAUAUCUUUGAAUAUUGGAAACUGAAGAGGAAAAGCAACUUCAGUAAACCAUUAUUACCUCCGAAGGAAGAUGAAGAACAUUGCUUGGGUCAGCAGAAAGAAGACCGAAUCCAUUCCAGGAUGAAGAUGUUCAUGCACCUACGACAAGACCUAGAAAGGGUGAGGAAUCUUUGUUACAUGGUCAGCAGAAGAGAGAAACUGAAAUUGUCACAGAGUAAAGUGCAAGAACAGCUUUUCAAUUUACAUAUCCAAGUGAUGAAUCAGCAUACUGCUUCAGGACUGCCUUUGCCAUUCCCACGGGAAGGACUGAUGUUCCAUGACCCUCCAAGAAUCAUGAUAAAGCUAAAAACAUCUGCAAAACCUUCGCAAAGUGUCAACAGUUGUUCUACCACUGCUGUCAAUGGUCCAGUGUCCCUCAAUGUUGAACGUAGUUUGUACAGUAAAGACAAUCCGCCAACACCACAAGGCUCCAGAACUAGUGAAAAGUUACAGUCUCAUCACUGGCUCAGGCACGAGGAAAGAAGCAAUGGACUAUUGCUGACAGGUAGCCACCACAGACAGGAUCUUCAGGCAGAUAGUUCUUUACCAUCCCCCGAAUGUCACGUGGAACAGGCAACUGGCAAGCCAUCAGCACUUCAUAUACCAUUUCGUGGACAAUCAGCUAAUGCCAACGGAAAGACUCGAGACAGCAAUAAUCCAGUGUUUCUUAAAUCAAAUGGCCUAUCUAGCAGGUCAGGGAUAGUAAUUCAGAGAGACUGUUCCAGUCAAACCUACGAUAAAGUGACAACACUUACAAAUCAUUUUGCCAACCAGGGCACUUUCAGAAAAUCAAAACUGGGAGAGUUUGGUCAGUCUUGCAAAGACAGAUUGGACAGUUUAGUGAGGACUUCAGAAGACUUCCGAAACUCUGAAAAGCCUUUACGAAGACCAUCUGCUAAGGACCGCCUGUGGAGUAAGCAGCUUUCUGAGCAUCAAACGACAGCAGCCUACCAGGAUAACGAUGGCUAUUGUCCCGACGUUGAGUUGAGCGACUCGGAGACAGAAACUGACAUUAGACAAGAGAGGAACAGGCUACGGAAAAGGAACUCUGACGAAGAAAUUCCUAGCCAAGACUAUGGGCGAGAUUCUAGAUCAGAGCAACAUGGUAAGGAGAGUAGAUCUAGAUUAAAUGUGCUUUGUCACAUCAGUUCAGUGCAGAGGUGAUCAAUACUUGAAUGAAUGAGGAUUUUGUGCUAUAUGUAAUUGAGCCAAUACUAGUCCUUUUUUUUUUUACACAAUGCUCUGUAUGGGAAGGAAAUUUUGAACUUAUUGCAAAUUGCACUCAAGAAUGACCUGCCCCACGAACAGAUGAAUGACAAGUAUGUUUUUAUCAAGGUUUUUAAAGUUACAAGUUUUCUUUAAAAUUGAAUGCUUUAUAGUGGUCUGGGGCAUUCUAAUUAAACUAUGAAGGAACCUUUUAAUUAUUUUUCCUGAUGACUGGCAUUGUUUUAUUUGCAGCAUGUUUUCGGACGCAACAGGCUGUACUAUUUUUUUUUUUUUUUUGAUAAUCUUGUGGAAAAAAUGAUUCUGCUAAUAAUUGCCUCCAAAAAAAAAAAAGUGUGAAGGUUUCCCCAAACUGAAAGCACUUGGUUCAAUAUCUUGCAAUUGGAAAUUGCUUAGAAAGUAUAUGUAUUUCAUGAAAGGUUCUGCAUUGCCACCCAGUUU